AUGGACGCUCUGGUUCGUGUUAGUUCUAACAUGAAGAGCAUGGAGCGCGAGCUGCAUUGCCCGGUGUGUAAGGAGAUCGUCAAGCAGCCCGUGGUCCUGCCAUGUCAGCACAGCGUCUGUCUGAUGUGUGCCUCCGAGGUCCUGGUUCAAAAUGGCUACCCUUCUCCGGAGCUGCCGCCCGAGCCCAACUCUCCUGCCUCCACCCCCAACACCCGCUCUCCCCACCAGACACGCAGGCCCAUGCCCAGCAAGGCCGACCAUCGACCCAUUGACCGCGUGCUACGUUCAGGAUUUGGGACCUAUCUGUCGCCGGGGCGACGGCGUAAGGAACCACCCCAUGCAAUGUUAUUUCCAUGCCCGUCCUGUGGGAGGGAGGUAGAGCUGGGAGAGAAGGGCCUGACUGACUGCCUGCGUAACCUCACCUUGGAGCGCAUCGUAGAGAGGUACAGACACACAGUGAGCCUGGGCAGUGUGGCUGUGAUGUGUCAGUUCUGCAAGCCUCCCCAGUCCCUGGAGGCCACCAAGGGCUGCGCCGACUGCCGAGCCAGCUUCUGUAACGAGUGUUUCAAGCUCUACCACCCCUGGGGGACGCCGCGCGCCCAGCACGAACACGUCCAGCCCACCCUCAACUUCAGGCCCAAGGUUCUGUCGUGUCCGGAGCAUGACCAGGAGCGUCUGCACUUCUACUGUAGGACGUGCCAGCGGUUGCUGUGCCCGCUCUGCAAGCUGCGCCGCGUACACGCCGGGCACAAAGUGGCGCCAGUCGCCCAGGCCUACCAGACUCUCAAGGACAAGAUUACCAAGGAGAUGAACUACGUUCUGGCCAACCAAGAGACGGUGCUGGGCCAGAUCACACAGCUGGAGAGUGCCAUCACUCAGACAGAGGCGAACAGCGUAGCGGCACGGGAGCAGCUGUCUCAGAGCGUGAGGGACCUGACUGCCCUCCUCGCCGAGCGCCACGCCUCAUUGACCGAGGCCCUGGAGAGGGCGAGGCAGAAGCGGGGCGAGGCGUUGGCGGGCCAGGUGGCGGAGAGGCGGAGCCUGCUGGAGCAUGCAGGCCUCAUGGCGUUGUCCCAGGAGCUGCUGAAGGAGACGGACCCGCCCUGCUUCGUCCAGGCAGCGCGCCAGACACACAGCAGGUUAUCCACGUCCAUCGAGGGGCUGCAGUGUUUCUCUCUGGCCGCUGAUCCCUCCUUCAGACACUUCCAGCUGGACGUCUCCAAAGAGCUCAAACUCCUCACAGACCUGCAAUUCAUCCAGGCCCCUCUGGCCCCUGUCAUUGACACCCAAAAGACCCUGGCCUAUGACCAGCUUUUUCUGUGUUGGCGGCUGCCUCAGGAAUCCGCCCCCGCCUGGCACUUCUCUGUGGAGUUCCGUCGCCGUGGUGUGGUGCCAGGAGGCGGGGCCAGAGGUGGUAUCCAAGGACGAUUGGCUGCGGCCCGCUGGGGCUGGCAGCGGCUGGAGGAAGUGGGCGGGACCAGUGCUGUGAUUGACAGGUUGGAGAUGGACAGUGUGUAUGUGUUGAGGGUGAGAGGCUGCAACAAGGCGGGCUUCGGGGAGUACAGUGAGGAGGUGUACCUACACACACCGCCAGCACCAGUGUUAAAUUUUUACCUGGACUCUCGCUGGGGUCUCCAUGCCGACCGGCUGGUGGUGAGUAAGGAGCAGCGCUGCGCCCGGAGCGUCCCCGGUCUGUCCCUGCUGCAGGCCGCCGACCUAGCGCUCACUUCCUGUCACCUGACUGCAGACCUGCUGGUGGGCGAUGUGGCCAUCACCCAGGGCAGGCACUACUGGGCAUGCUCAGUGGAGCCCGGCUCCUAUCUGGUCAAGGUGGGGGUGGGCCUAGAGGCCAAACUACAGGAGUGGUUUCACCUUCCCCAAGACAUGGCCAGUCCCCGCUAUGACCCAGACAGUGGUCAUGACAGUGGGGCGGAGGAUUCCCUGGACUCCCCUCCCCCCUUCUCCUUCCUCACCAUGGGGAUGGGCAAGAUCUUCCUGCCCCACGGUCCCAACCAUCAUAACAACCAUGGUUGCCCCGCCAACGGCACCAGCCCUCGCCGCAGCCCCACCAUCUCCAACGGAAACAUCCCCGCCUCCUCGCCUACGGGCCUCACCUACCCCCUGCCUCCCAGGCUCGGGGUGUGCCUUGAUUUCGAGAAGGGUCGCGUCACUUUCUACGAUGCCCACUCGCUCCGUCCACUGUGGGAAGGGCCUGUCGAUUGCUCCGGCCCCGUUUGCCCGGCUUUCUGUUUUAUUGGCGGAGGGGCGCUGCAGUUACAGGAGCUUGUGGCCAAUCGGAUGGCAGACCAGACUCCAGUCAGGAGGGUCACCAUCCAAUCACGUGUCACUAAUCUGAAUAACUAG